CAUGUGCAGAUAGAUCGAUUGGUCGUUCCUUUGUUUGCUUGUGUUUCGUGCCAUGCUCCGGCUGGACACGCGUACGUACGUGGACACUUGUCUGUGUGAUAAAGGUGCUCAGUUCCUCCGUCCAACUUGGCACGCACGCGAUCUCGACUCCCUUGUGAUUGCGACGGCGUUGGCGUUGGAUCGUUGGACCACUUCCCGUUGGUGUUUGAUGAAGGUGACGGACAAGGAACGGAUGGGUCCUGUCCCGUGUCCUCUCCUCUGUUUCCUUUGGUGGCGAGCAGAGCAGAAGCUAUGCCAAGAUGAUCCAUCAGCCGAUGCGGAACCCGCCGCCGGCGCCGCGCGCCUCGUGACCGGACCGGCGGCAUGGGCAUGCACCAGCAGCCACCGUGGCGGCAGCAUCUGCUUCUCAUGUCCGGCUGACGCGGUCACACGAGCUACGCCCGCGCCCACACGCAAGGCAAAAGCCCUCCCGGUUCUCGCGCUUGGCCGCUUCCUUGGCGCCAACCCCGCCGCCCGCCCACAAAUACCGCCUGCCACGCCAUUCGCGGCGCCCGCCUCCCUGUCCCCUCCGUCGUCUCAGGCAGGCAGGCAGCCAUCGCCACCACCUCCUCCCUCUCCACUUCCCCUCCCCGCCGAUCCAGAUCCCCCACGCGCCCACCAGAGCAGCGCGUUCGGGUACGCCGUCUCUGUCGUUAGCUCCUUCCAAGGCCGCCGCGCCUUUUGUUCGAUCUCGAUCCGUCCAUUCACGGGUGCGCCAUCGAUCCGGCUCGCGCCGUCCGUGCGGCAGGACGACCCAUCGGACCCAUCCCAUCGCGUCCGGCCCUUGGAUGGUCGCUGGAGCUGCAGGCGCGCACAUCCAGCGACGGCGGCGAUGGAGUUCUGGCCGGAGUUCCUGGCGACCAGCGGCGGGCGCGAGUUCGUGGCCGGCGGGGUCGGCGGCAUGGCCGGCGUGCUGGCGGGCCACCCGCUCGACACGCUCCGCAUCCGCCUGCAGCAGCCGCCCCCGCCCGUCAGCCCCGGGAUCGUCGACGCGCCCAGCCGCCCGCCCUCCGGCGCGCGCCUGCUCCGCGGCAUCCUCCGCGCCGAGGGACCCGCCGCGCUCUACCGCGGCAUGGCCGCGCCCCUCGCCUCCGUCGCCUUCCAGAAUGCGAUGGUGUUCCAAGUCUACGCGAUCCUGUCCCGGUCGCUCGGCCAAGAGAGCUCCACCUCCGAGCCUCCUUCCUACUCGAGCGUGGCCCUCGCCGGCGUCGGCACGGGGGCGCUGCAGACGCUCAUCCUGUCCCCCGUCGAGCUCGUCAAGAUCAGGCUGCAGCUGGAGGCGGCGGGGCACAAGCACCGGCGCCCGGGCGACCACCACGGCCCCGUGGACAUGGCCCGCGACAUCUUCCGGCGGGAGGGCCUCCGCGGCAUCUACCGCGGGCUCACGGUGACCGCGCUCCGCGACGCGCCAGCGCACGGCGUCUACUUCUGGACGUACGAGUACGCCCGGGAGCGGCUGCACCCGGGGUGCCGGCGCGGCGGCGGCGAGAGCCUGGCGACGAUGCUCGUGUCCGGCGGCAUCGCUGGCGUCGCCAGCUGGGUCUGCUGCUACCCGCUGGACGUGGUGAAGUCGCGGCUGCAGGCGUCCCCGGCCGCCAGGUACCGCGGCGUCGUCGACUGCUUCCGGAGAAGCGUCCGGGAGGAGGGGCUCCCCGUGCUGUGGCGCGGCCUGGGCACCGCCGUGGCGCGAGCGUUCGUCGUCAACGGCGCCAUCUUCUCGGCGUACGAGCUGGCCCUGCGGUUCUUGGGCAGCGGCAACGGCAACGGCCAGAGGAUGGUCAUGGAGGAGAACUGAACCGAGCCGUGCCGGAUUCGACGCAGAUCAUGCUACCAUUGAUGCAACUGCGUCGAUUAGUAAGACCAUCGGAGCUGCUUGCAGCGGCGUGGCUGCUGCGUUGUACAUAGGCUAGUAGUGUCCAUUGGGAUUUGGGAGUGGUUUGGGGGGUCUCAUCAUCUCAUGCCAUUUCAGCGAGCUGAGAUCGAUCCAGAGUAUCAUAGCGCUGCAAGAUUCAUACAGAUUGGCACCAUAUGCAUGCCUCCUGAUGACGGCGAUCAAUUCCCUAAUAUAUGGGGAAAUAUAAUGUACAUAUAUCUUGGUGUUUUGCUAUGACAGAAGAUACAUGAACAUCAGUGAGACAGUGACCAGCUGUUCACAUA